UUACAUGCCUGCACAAGGGUGGCAUUAGAUACCCGAUUGUGUGGUCUAGCUUCAGCUGCUGCUGCGGCUGAUGUUGGCAGCAGAUUUUUCUGGUGGCAAUGGUGAUGGCGAUGGUGGCGAUAUAAAAGCGUUCAACUCUUUGAGUUUCUUUUGAGUCCGUUGCUUUUCAGAGUCUUGUGCAAGUGCAAAUUCUAUUUCGAUUUCUUGGUACGAAGGGAAAUAUUCCGAAUUGUUUUUGUAGUGCACUUUAAAUUUGUUGAAUUCGCCACUGUGCUGUAUAUUCUUUGUUGUGCGUAUUCGUAUUGGACGUUCUUUCGCAUUGUACGGUGUUUCAAUUGUAUUGACUGAUGCCUAGAUUGGUUUAGCAACGUCGGUCCAUUACUAAUAUUAACCCGCCAAAAAGGCAAUAUCGUCAACAUAUCAGAUUAGUACUUUUUGGAUUUUUUUUUGACUUUUCUCAAAAGAAAACACCCACACGUGUCGCAUAUAUUCUACUAUCUAUCGUGUGUCCGGUUAGAACGAAGGCCAAAGUAAUAGACUGUUGCCAAUACAUACGUAUUUUGGAAUUUUGAGUACAUUCCAGCGCUGCUGCAGUUAACAAAAAUGUACAAAGUGGUGUUUAUUGCAUCCUGUUUGGCUUUUGUAUUUCGUGGCGCUUUUGGCCAGCAAUACACAACACCUGUGCCAAUUUUGAAACAAAUCAACAAACACAACUCGGAUGGUUCAUACACCUAUGGCUAUGAAGCAGCUGAUAAAAGUUUUAAAAUCGAAACGAAAUAUCCGACCGGAGAGGUUUACGGAAAAUAUGGAUACAUAGACGACCAGGGGCAACUGAGGGAAAUUGAAUAUGGAGCAAGUAAACGUGGAUUUGAACCGGCUGGCAGUGACAUAAAUGUACCGCCACCAACACUCACAGCCAGUAAAUCAACACCCUUGGGUCCCAAUGAGAUCGAUGAUGGCCAAUAUCGUGAAGAUCCUGCCGAAUAUUACAAGGGACAGAAUUUCAAUCGCCCAGUAGCUGCUAGUAAAUUUAUUCUGAACAAUUUCCAACAACAAAGACCCCAGCCAGCUUAUAAUCCAGCUCCAGCUCCAUACAAUCCACCUGCACCUGCUCCAUAUAACCAUCCAACUCCAGCGCCAUACAGACCACCAACUCCACAAUACUAUAAUCCUCCCCCACAACCUCAACCUACAUAUUAUCGGCCACAGCCACCACAGCCCCAAUAUAAUCCCUACAAUCCAAACAGCCAACCCAGUCAUUUUCACCCUGCAGUAAAAAGUCUAGACAUUUGGAGUGGCUCAUAUAGUUUGGAUUAUACGGGACGAAAGUAGACUACAACAACGUUUGAGUUUAUGGUUAUAGAUGCGAGUGUGUAUAUGAACGAGAGUGUUUGCGAGAAGUAAAGGUGAUGAUCGUGUUUGAGUUGCAGCUGCGCGAAAAUCUCCGAAAAUGUGCUAUCUAAGACUAACGAACGUUUUUUUUUUGUAAUUUUUUGUUUAUAAAUUUUAUUUUAAUUAAUAUUUAAGUAAUAAAGUAUGGAAACAAGUGCAAGAUGUCGAUGUGGAAUAAA